AUGGACGAGCGCCUCGCAAAACAACUCUUCUACGGAUAUGUUACCACGGGUGCUCGCCGACAAGGUCAGAUUCCUCUCAACACGAACACCGUGAAGAAUACCGCGCAGCGGCUACGGACCGGCCCGAAGAUUUGGUAAGGCUUCUCACGGGACCGAUUGGCCUGGAGAAGAACAAUGAAGCCGACCAGAUCGCCGUGGUCAAUGACAAAAGGAAAGCUUGUGCGUCUGAGACGCCCCUGACCCUCAACAGCUGAAAAACCUUGUAAAACCCUUAAGAGUGCUCUUUAGGGUAACAGAACUAACUACAGAAGCCUGACUGUAAAAUCCUCUACCACUUUCAAGGACAGGCAUAAAGGAGGGAACGGGAGUCCUAACGACGCGUGGCCUCCCUAGGUCGGCUGAACUGUGAAAAUAAUCUAGCAAUAGGCUCCGAUAUUUGAAUAAACAAAGACGUUCGCUUAAAUUGUUGGUACUGCAGGACUUGCAGUAGCUUUUAGGGUAGUGAUAAAGUUGUGUUAAUUCUACUGGACCAACAAUGCCCCAUCCUGUGUGUUCUGAGUGACGAAACUAAUAGAAAUCUCCAGUGGCACUGGGUUAGAUAUGUCAAUAAUGUCGUAUAUGAUAAGGAUAGGAAAACAUCGUUAGGUAAAUAUUCUUCUCAAUUCCAGAUGACUUUUCAACGACUUUAUUUCUUGCGACUGGCAUAAACAGUGGAGUAUGAAGGCGUGAUCACCAGGCCUAUGGCGCAAACGAAGUGUAGGGUUACACGCUAACCCCUCUUAAAGCCAAGGCUACCGCCCAUUGUUUAUUGCCUCCGAGCACGCAGACGGUGCGGGAAGACGGGCUGCCCGUUAACCUAACUGCUGGCUACCCGGCGCGUCCACAGAUGCGGAUAGUGGAACGGCCUUCAGUGAAGGCUAGCUGCGAAAUAAGCAGAUCCAGGUCUGACGAAUAAGCAGUCGCGGACCAGCAGCGACAGCGCUACCACGGUGCGGUUGGCUGAGGUCUGGAAUGCUGAAAGCCUUAUAAAACGCCGCAAAACCCACCGAUGACAUCGUGACAUGGCGACCGUAGCUCGCCAUUAAAUAAGUUCGCUUGCCGCCGCUGCCUUGUGGCUAGGCUUUUAAACCAAAGCGCUAGAGGAGACAACCUCGAAGUCUGCAUUCGAAGUUCCCAAGAAACCUCAUAAAACAUGUCCGAUCACAGUAUUACGACCCAUGCUACGGCGUCCGCGGUGGCCGACGCGCUCCGCAAACCUGGUCAAGUGGUACGGGUGAAUAGUAUGCGAGCUGGACUACUCAAUCGGGGACGGACUUUUAGUAUUGGAUGCUGGAAUGUGCGAACGUUCCUGGACCCCAGUACCCAAAAUCUGACCGCGCGCAGCCUUGGUCAGUACAACGUGGAUGUCUGCUGUCUGUCUGAAGUUCGACUUCCUGACUCAGGCCCACGCGAAAGAUCCCUGGAGUCGAAUCACACUUUACCCUGUAUCACAGCGGCCUGCGCGACUCUUCUGAUGGACACGGCAUGACGACCACCCUAUCGGGACAAGCGGACUCCGUUCUGCUUGCUUGGGAACCAGUCAAUGGCCAGAUGGCUUACGUACGACUGAAGAGUCACUUCACGAACAUCUCUAUCGUCUCUGUGUACGCACCAACUUCAAAUGCCGAACAGCGCGAUAAAAAAGGCGUUUUACUCGCAUUUGCUGUUGACGUUCAACAGCACCGACCUCACAUCCACUGCGUACUGCGACUGGUACUGGAAGACACGCCGCCGGUGGGCUAUAGUCAGCCCUAA